ACCAUAGAGGAAGCUGAGGGGUUUAGCUUUCCAUUAGAGAGAUUUGGAGACAUUCUAGAGGACGAACUGAGAAACAAGGACCGAGAACUAAACAGGAAGAAGGAAACAACUUUCUUUCCAGAUCUAAAAAAAAGUUCUGCUCAUGGCGACAGAAGAUGUUCAGCUGGAUUGUUGGGAUAUAAUUGAUGACAGCCACGUUAAGGAAUUUGAAGUAGCUCAAUGGAUCAAGAUCACCCUUGCGUUUCUGUACACCGUCAUCUUUGUGGCAGGUAUCUUGGGCAAUAGUCUCACUAUCCACACUACCAAGGUGUUGCAGAAGAAAGCCUACUUGCAGAAAGAAGUUGCAGACCACAUGGUGAGUCUGGCAUGCUCGGAUCUGUUGGUCAUCUUGCUGGGGAUGCCCGUCGAGUUCUUCAGCGUGAUAUGGAACCCUUUCUCGACCCCGAAAGGCGACCUGGCUUGCAAGCUGUACUGCUUCCUCUUUGAAGCCUGCAGCUAUGCUACGGUGCUGCACGUGGCCACCCUGAGCUUCGAAAGAUACAUUGCCAUCUGCCACCCGUUCAAGUUCAAAGCUGCUUCUAGGCGCUGCAAAGUGAAAAUCCUCAUCGCUUUUGUUUGGCUGACGUCUGUAGUGGUGGCUCUGCCACUGCUCUUUGCAAUGGGCACAGAGUACCCCCUGGAAACCAUCCAGGGCCAUCGAGGGCUGGUCUCCUGCAGCAGAUCCAAGGCACGGCACCAUUUGCCUGACUUCAGGUUCAACGUGACCGUGUGCACCAGCUUGGCUUCCAAAUGGAAAGUCUACCAGUCGAGCAUCUUCACUGCCUUCAUUGUGUAUAUUGUGAUCUUGGUAUCCGUGGCUUUCAUGUGCCGGAAAAUGAUGAAAGCCCUAACAAUCCACAACCAAGGUACCUUGGCAGUGAGAGGGGAGAGAGAAAGCCACCAUCAAUAUCUGAGGAAAACUGAGAACCUUGAAGGCAGAAGUCCUAGGAAACAGACGAUUAUCUUCCUAGGACUGAUUGUUGCAACUCUGGCCAUAUGCUGGCUCCCAAAUCAAGUUCGAAGGAUCAUGGCUGCUGCUAGACCUAAGCAAGACUGGACAGUAGCUUACUUCCGAGCCUACAUCACCCUUCUCCCUGUGGCGGAUAUUUUCUUCUACCUCAGCUCUGUGGUGAACCCACUCCUGUACAAUAUCUCCUCCCAGCAGUUCCGGAAUGUGUUUCUUCAAGUCCUCCGUUGUCACCUGACACUAGAACAUGCCAACAAAGAGAAGUUUUUAAGAGCCAAUUUGAAUUCCACAGCCAGUAGUAGCCGUUCCCGGCGCCCAUUGAUCUUCAUGUCAUCUCGACGCAAGUCUUCCACCAAGACUGCUAACAAGGUUUUCUUAAGUACUUUUCAGAGCGAGGCCAAGCCUGACUGCAGUUUGCAGAAAUUGAGUCUUGAAUCACUGAAGCCGAAUGUGAAAAUGAUGCCACCGGAGAGCAGCACAGACCCUGGUUCUGCUAACCAGAAUGGUCUUUGUGAACACGAACUGUGAAUCCUCAUAAAAUGAAGUCAGAUGACACACAAUAUGUUAACAAUGGAAACUAAAAAGCAAAUAAACAAUGCUUUACAGCCUGCAGGAUGUACCUCCAAGUUUAAGUGCUUGUUUCAAUGGGCUCAUUUCCAGCAACAUCAAUGGACAUGGGCUCUGUAUGGCUGACAGUUGAUUUUGUGUUGGUUGUGAAGUGCACACCGGAAAGUCAGACCACUAGAUAUACUCUGUUGCUAAUGAAGUUGCCAAAAAUUUUCAAAGUAAACUCUUCUUCUAGCAGUUGGACCAAACAGCAACAUCACAAUGAAGACCAGCUGUGUCCUUGAAGGUAAUGAAACAGGACAAAUGAUGCUGACGAAGAAAUCUUCCAUUACAGUUUAGCAGUGGAUUAGAGACAGAAGCACCAAGCUAGAGAGCAGUAUGGUUGUUACUACACCAGCCAUGGGCUUGUUGCCAGAGCUUCCCCGCUUCUUUGGCCUUGGCCCAUUGCAAAGUGGAGUAUUGCAGCAGCUAAUGCAAACAGAGUUUAUCUUCCCUGGAGUGCAGAAAGUCUGGUAGCCGGCAGAGGUCAUGAGGCAAGCUGCGGAGGAUGCACAGGACUUGCGAUACAGGAUCCCUGUGACAGAGAACAAGAGUUUAUUUGGCUUGAUAUAAGCAAACGCUUUUUCUGCUGUGUAUUAGUGCUUUUUCUGUUUGAACAGACUGCCAAGUUUUCAGAAGGUGUCUCUGGCACUUGGUACAUUUCAGGGGAUUUAGCUCACAAUCACCCAUUGGGUUUCUAAUAGGAAAAGCAGGGCUUUAUACCAAAAGUUUUCCCUGUCUUUUAAAAUCUCAGCUUUCCCAUAUUGUCUGAAAAUUCCAAAACCAAUACAUUUGGCAUGAAGUACUUCUAUUGUUUAAAAAAAUUGUUCAAUAGUUCCUGCUUAAGAUCUGAUCUUUUAAUUUGAUCGUAUUCAAAAGGUAAUACAUGAAUUACAGGAGAACCUGUGGUUGUUUUUAUGCUUUAAUUUUCAGUAUUUUAAGGAACUCCUCCUCUGCAUCAUUUCUAUGAAAAGCUCAUGGGAGUAUUCAGCAUCUACAGAGCACUGUUCAAACUCAGAAAAAAAGAUUAUAAAAUUCUCUGUCUCUCCCUUCUUGUAAGUAGGGUAUUGUAACAAGUUGGAUAAACAGCAAAUGGAAGAAAAUUUGUCUUGUAAGAAUACCUUAAGAGACUGUAGUAUACUGUCUUAAUUUUUAAUUGAAUGAAACUGAGUACAUGCUUGU